AUGUUUAUCCCCAACGAUGAUGGGAAAGCAGUUACCAGAGAGAGGAUCCUAAAAAGGCUUCAAGUAGGAAACCAUGGACUGAACACAGACUUGUGGUCUUUGGGAAAUUCCAAACUGACAAGAGCCAGAAACUCUACCAUGAAUUCAAGAUCAAGUCGAACGAAAAGGCUUCUAAAACUGGCAGCCCUGAAAUUUAAGGAGACACAAGAUUAUAGCAACGAUGAUGCAAUUCAGGAAACUAUAGAAACGGAAAAUAAAGAAAAUAUUCUACCAGAUAAUCUGCCCCCAGUUAAUUUAGAUGAAGAUAAGGAAGGAAGAAUAUUAUGUUCUAGUAUGGGUCGUCCAAAUCCUUCGCCGUCUAAUUUAGUUGGAGAUCAAGAAGUUUGUACCAAUAAUGCAUCCCCUAAUUUGGAUUCUCCUAAUCUUCUACAAGCUAACUUAGUUGAAGAUGAUAGUGCUUGUAACAAUAAAGCAUCCACUAGUUUGGGUCACCCUAAUCUUUCCCCAGCUAACUUAUUGGAAGAACAAGAAGCCUACACCUAUCAAACAUCCUGUAGUGCGGACCGUCCUAAUAUUUCACCAGUUAACUUAGCCGAAGAUGAGGAUGCGUGUACUAAUAAAGUAUUCUCUAAUUUGGGUAGUCCUAAUCUUUCUUCAGGUAACCCUUUGGAAGACCAAGAAGCCUACACCUAUAAAGCAUCCUGCAGUUCGGACUUUCCUAAUGUUCUACCAGCUAAGUUAGUUGAAAAUGUGAAUGCUUGUACUAACGAAGCAUCCUCUAGUUUGGGGCACCCCAAUCUUUCCCCAGCUAACUUAUUGGAAGACCAAGAAGCCUACAUUCAUAAAGCAUCCUGCAGUUCUGACCAUCCUAAUGUUCUACCAGCUAACUUAGUUGAAAAUGAGCAUGCUUAUACUAAUGAAGCAUCCUCUAGUUUGGGGCACCAUAAUCUUUCCCCAUCUAGCUUGUUGGAAGACCAAGAAGCCUACACUUAUAAAGCAUCCUGUAGCUCGGACCGUCCAAUGGUACUACGUUUUCAGAGACUAGAAGGGAACAAGUAUAUUAUAUCUCCAAUACAUAGUGGCGAAAGUGAUGUGGAUGAUUCCGAUGCUGAUCCAAAUUACAAUAACUCUACUUCAGAAAGCGAUACGGACAGAGAAGGAAUGAUAGAAGAAGAUGAUUCAAAUCAGGAAGAAAGUAAGAAGAAAGGCAAGAAAAGAAAAGCCAACCCCGAAGCUUGGAGUUUUAAAAAAGCCAAAUAUUUAAGAAACUCUGGAAAGGCCUAUACAUCGGCUUCCAAGAACAAAAAGAAGUUUUGUGAAAGAAAAGUCCGUUCUCCUUGUGGAGAUAAGUCCACACUGGACUUAAAUGACAGGCCAAUCCGCACUGCUUUGAAAAAAAAAACCGAGAAUGGAUUUUUAGAAAGCGACAAAAGGGGAAAACACGGAAAACACCCAACUGUGGACCCUAGCAUCAAAGAAAGCGUGAGAGCUUUCAUAGAUAAAAUACCAAGGGUUGAGUCACAUUACUUGCGAGCUCAAACUAAACGGGAAUAUAUUGAGAGUGGCAAAAGUCUAGCAGAUCUUCACCGUGACUAUAAAGAAGAAAGGCAAUCUCAACAGCUGGGUUAUGCCAAUUCUGUGAUGUUCAAUCGAAUUUUUAAUGGAGAAUUUAACAUAGGAUUUUACUCGCCUAAAAAAGAUCAAUGCGAUCUAUGCGAAUCUUACAAAAAUUCAGAUGAGCAAGGCAAACUGAAGCUUCAAGAGUCCUACGAUCUUCACCUCAAAGAAAAAGUAUUGUCAAGGAAAGAGAAGGAUGCUGAUAAAUUGAAUCAAGAUGGUGCACAUGUCGCUGUGUAUGAUCUUCAGGCAGUAAUGCCGGUGCCUCGAGGAUUGGUCUCAUCUUUUUAUUACAAAAACUGUUACUUUUGGAAUGAAACGGAGGGCAAACGUGGUGCCACAGAAAUUGGAAGUUGCGUUUUAUAUUAUUUAAAAGAAUUGAGCGAAAAUGCCGAAAAUGAUAAUUUGGAUGUGAUACUAUAUAUUCAGACAACUGCUCCGGCCAGCAAAAAAAUAAAUAUUUAG